GUGCCAUUUCAAGCACGUACUAAGCCGUCGUACAGCUGCCCAUUUAUUGCCACUGUCAGCCUUCGUAGGCAGCCCAUCUAUUGCAGCAGUGGUCAUGGCCGAGCUCGUCGUUGCGGUGCCGCCGCUGCUGAGAGCUGACCAAGCCGAGCAGAGAUACAAUGAGGCUGUUCAGGCCGCGGUGGAGAAAUGCGCGGCGGACACGGCGGGCCGGACAUGCUUUAUUUGUAUGGACGGCGCGGCUGCGGAGGGCCUCGUGCGCGGAUGCGCCUGCCGAGGCGGGGCAGGAUAUGCGCACUUGUCGUGCUUGGCGCGGGGGGCGCAGGUCGCGGUCGAGCGCAGCGCCGAUGGGCUAGGCUUUGAGCGGUGGCACAAGUGCGGCCUGUGCGAGCAACGGUACCACGGCGACGUGAAGUGCGCACUCGGGUGGGCGUGCUGGAAGACGUACGUGGGCCGGCCAGAGACGGACGAGGUUCGGGUCCACGCGAUGGCGUUUCUUGGGAACGGUUUAAGCGCAGCAAAAUACCACGACGAGGCGUUGUCCGUGAAAGAGGCCCUGUUGUCUACGUAUCGGCGAGUUGGCGCACCAGAGGGCCACAUGCUUGGCCAGAUGGGCGAAAUUGCGACUUCGUAUCAUAUGCUUGGACGGUUUGAAACUUCCAACCGGUUGUAUCGAGAUGUGUACUCCGGACGUUUGAGGCUCGACGGCGAAGGACAUGAAGAGACCCUCCUAGCAGCCACCAACUACGCGACCGCCCUUCUUGCUCUAGGUCGCUACGAAGAAGGCAAGUCGCUGCUGCGCAAAACGAUACCCGCGUCGCAACGCACUCUCGGCGAGAGUAAUGAAAUCACGCUCGGUCUGAGGUGCAAUUACGCUCUGGCGCUCUACGAAGACCCCGACGCCACGCUCGACGAUCUCAGCGAGGCCGUGACGACGCUCGAGGACGCAAGACGGAUCGCACGACGCGUGUUCGGUGGCACGCAUCCGCACACAACGGGGAUUGAUGGAGCCCUACAAAACGCGCGCGCAGCCCUCCGUGCACUCUCGUCGAAAGCAACCGAAGAUGCUUGUAGUAGAUUAAGGGAGGAAAUCGCGCGGCUCAAGGCCGAGAACGCCGAACUCCAAGAACGCCGCACUCGACGCCGUCUCGGAUAAAUAACAACACCUC